AUGUUAUGCCCACCCAUCCUUUACGCCCUUCCCCCACACUCCCCUAGGGUGACAUCAACCCCAUCUGCCUGCACCUCACGCCCCUCAAGCCGGUUUCUGAGAUUUUUCAAAAACCAGCUCAUCCCUUCUGUUAUGCGCUCGUCAACUCAUCCUUUACACCCUUCCCCCACGCACCACCAGGGCGACGACAACCCAAUCUGCCUGCACCUCACGCCCCUCAAGCCGGUUUCUAAGAAUUUUCAAAAACCAGCUCGUCCCUUCAGUUAUGGCCCCGUCAACCCAUCCUUUACACCGUCCCCUACCCACCACCAGGCCGACGACAACCCAAUCUGCCUGCACGUCACGCCCCUCAAGCCCCUGUGGACCAACUGCGUGCUCUGGUUCCUCUCGCACGCGCCCGCUCUCCCCGCCCUGCGCCUCUCCUUCGCCUGCCAGUCCCUCGUCCCCCUCGUCCACCACCGCGCCCCCUCCUUCCCCUCCUUCGCGCUCACCUCGCUCCACCUAGCCCUCUCCCGAAGGGCCCGGGACGAAGCCGACUUAUACGAGCCGGCAAGCUGGAAGCUCAACUUUCUCGCCCCCUGCACCAGUCUGCACUCGCUCUCUCUCGGCCUGGGCGCAUGGCGCCUGGACAAGCCCUGUGUGAAGGCUCGCUGGAUGCGCUCCCUUCGGAGCCUCACCCUAGAAGGCGUGGAUCCCAGGGGUGUGUGUCUGAAGGCCCUCGCUGAUCUUACCCUGCAGCUGCAUGAUUUCACCUUCAGCGAGCCGCAGCACCUGCAGGAGUGGGGGGAGACGUCUGGACCUGUGUUCCUUGCCCUGGACUUCCCCAAUGCUCGCCGCCUCCGCUUCCGCUUCCUGCAUCACGAGCUGAAGCUGAAGCUGUCUCUGCCUGCUGCGUUCCACACUUUUUCCGCCUGCGCCCAGUCGCUCAUACUCAGCUGCAGCAGCACUGGUGCCUUGAGUCUGGAGCAGUUGUUUCUCUAUGCGAAAGAGAAGAUACAUGUGAACUGGUUUGACGUCGCUUCGGUCCGCGCUCUCUACCUGAACGCUCCAAUCAAGCUCCUGCCGAGCGCCACACCACACGCACACAGGAUGGGGCCGCAGCACGGCGGGGUCUACACCACGCGGCCGGCGCCGUUUUCCUGGGCAGAUUGGCUGCGCAAAGUAGCGCCAAUAGCGGAGGCGCUUAUAACGAGGCAUGAUAUCAACGUGGAGUCAUGCCGGCUUGCCUGGCCGCUGCUUGGGGUUGUGGUGGAGAGCGACUGUGAUGUGGGGAGCAUGGUGUCCGGGGAGAUUACAGUGGAGGAUGUAGACGAGGGGGAGGACGAUGACUUGGUGCUGUGGAGGCGGGAGAAGCGGCGCAUGGAGAGGAGGCAGGAGCGCAGGGAUCACCAGAGGCACACUCUCCGCGGCCGUACGCGGUUCCAUGCAGGCCCGUUCGGUAAGCAGGUGGCUGCAGGGGCUGAUGAUGGGGACCGCAGGGAAUCUAUCUAUGCGACUGCAGGAGGCUCCGAAAGCGACGAGGAGGAGGAGGAGCAGCGAGGCGCGUUUGCUGAUAACGAGACAGAAGGCCGGGAGGAAUUCCCGGAGCUUCUGUUUCUCGAAGCUCCGAACCUGCAGGCUCUCUUCUUCCCGAGCCGUAGCUUGGUGCCUCCCGAACUGCUGGCCACCCUCAAGGAUCGAUACCCCUUAUUGGCGCUGUACUGUGUUGUGUGGCGCACGUUUUACUGGGAGCGGAAGGGACAGCCAGUGGAGGGAGGCCCGGUGGAACACACGAGGCGGCACAGGGGCACGAAGAAGAGCCCGUCGUUCCGCAACGGGCGGAAGACCGUGCGGGACAAGAUGCACAGCGUGGGGUACGUGCUGUCGUUUCCACCACCUGGCAGUCACUGUGGCCUUGCAGCCAUUGCCAUGCAGUUCCCUACCAGCGAGGGAACCUUGCGGCCUGAGGCGCCUUGGGCUUUGUGA